AUGAAGGUCUUCAGCUCGCUCCUAGUGUCUCUGGCUCCGCUUGCCCUAGCACGAGCGCCUCUUGUGAACAGAGACAUCCCGCACGCCAUCGCUGAUAACUACAUCGUAGUUAUGAAGGAUGCCGACCCCAGCACGAUCCAAGCGCACUAUACAAAGGUGCACACCAACUCGUCGAAAGCCAGUUACGGGAAGAAAGGCCUCGUGAGGACUUACCAGAUCCCCGGGUUCAACGCGUACCACAUCGAGUGUGAUAAUGCCACCCUUGAGACCAUUCGCAAGAGUUCUGCCUGUAUUCUAACAGGAGGAAAGGUCGACUACGUUGCCCUAGACGGUCGAGUGACAGCGCAAGCAACUAUCCGCCACGAAGUCCCCAGGGCAGCCUCGGCGGGCAACACGUGGGGCCUAGGUCGCAUUUCUCAUCGGAAAUCCGGAGUCUCGGUUUACGUUGACCAGAUAGCGGCCUCGACACAUGCUUAUAUAUUGGAUACCGGCAUUCGCACAACUCAUCAGGAAUUUGGUGGCCGUGCAACAUUCGGCCAGAACUUCAUCGACGGAGCUCAGGAUGUCGACGACAACGGCCAUGGAACCCACACAGCGGCAACAGUUGGUGGCAACACAGUUGGAGUUGACAACAGUACCAGACUCAUUGCCGUAAAGGUUCUGGACGAGAAUUCAUCUGGAUCUUGGUCGGGGAUGAUUGCUGGGAUGGAAUGGGCGGUAAACGACGCGCAAACGCAGAACAGGAUCGGGAAAUCCGUGAUCAACAUGUCGAUUGGUGGUCCCAGGUUCAAAGCCAUGGAUGACGCAGUAAAGCAGGCGGUGGCAGCAGGCAUGACGGUGGUGGUCGCAGCCAGCAACUACGGCGCGGAUGCCUGCACGUACAGCCCGGCUGCAGCCCCCGAGGCGAUUACAGUGGCCGCCAUAGACGAGUCCGACAGCCGGCCCAGCUGGUCCAACUGGGGCACUUGCGUGGACAUUUUCGGGCCAGGCAACAACAUCUACUCAGCUUGGCACGACAGCGACACCGCGUACCAAACCCUGAGCGGGACCAGCAUGGCCAGCCCGCAUGUUGCUGGUCUUGCGACGUAUCUGAUGUCGCGGGAACUCGUAUCAGGGGCCGGAAAUGUGACCAGUCGCAUUCUCAGCCUUGGAACUCCAAACACGGUCCAGGAUCCCAAGGGUAGCCCGAAUUUGAUUGCCUUCAACGGGAACAAGGCUGAGUUGUAA